AUCACUAUCGCAGAGUGCCACGGCGGGGAGGCCAGGCUGGAAUUUAUGGCGGUACCUAGCCUCCGUAAUCCGUUCUUUCCGCUUCAGCUACACGUUCCGCUAUCCCUUUACAUUCUACCUUCCGAAGGACGCCGCGCUCACCGAUCUUUACAUCUGCAUUGUUGAGCCAAUACCCGUCGCGUAUGCUCACUGGUUCGAUGCAGCCCUCCCAGAUGAUCUCUCCGGCCUCACCGUGCUCACCAUCUGCAGCAAUACCCUCAAGGCAAUUGGCCGAUGUCCCCAGACGAGCCGCUUGAAGAGUUUGAGAGAGCUACAGCGGCUCAUGCUUGGAAUGGAGAUGGAUAACCUAGCUGUCAUUUACCUGUUCCUCAGGUCUUGCCACUGUUCUAAUCUUGAGAGGCUCUUUGUGCAGCUCCCGGCUACCAGUGAUGUGCCCUUGGAGGAUUUAGUUGAAGAGGUGAGGGUAGAACAACCAGAGGAUGGCUUAGUCAACCUUAGAAUGGUAAAGGUCAUGAACUUCAAUUGGCGCCGUUUUGAGGUGCAGCUAGUGAGUCACUUGUUGAGGAAGGCUCGUUCCCUACAUAAACUGUUACUAGUUUCUCCCAAUGUUACUCCGCUGCAUGUGCCUGGUGUACAAGAAGCUGAUCUUUUUCUUCUCAAAGAAGCUUUGGCCAGUGGACACAUUAUUGUCAGCAAGUCUGACGAUCCAGCAACUCAACCAUUUCAUUCUGAGGUCUUUAUCAAGGUUUAACUUUUUGUGCGCACCGAUUUGUGAUCCUAUAGAUCAUAAUAUCUGAGCAGUAUUGACAAUGUAUGAAGAAAUGGCACUACCUCUGUAACUUCUUUUCUUCAAUUUUACUGUCUGUGAAGUAAUCUAAAUGCAGGGUGUUCCUGCGCACGCUUACAACUUUCAUUUCACAAUUCAAUUUGUGGAUGAAUUCGUUGUAGCUGUAUAUCUGGAACAGUGAUGGUGUAAUAUGAUGCCAGAUUUUUGCCAGUUACCUGCCUUUCUGGUUUGCUAGAAUCUGAUAAAAGAUUGCAUUACUUCGCCCUGGACAUUGGGGAUGCAGUUUGUUAUCUUAUAUGAAGCGCAGUGCUCAUAUUCAAGUACUCCUGUCU